AGGCAAGAAGGAUCUCGCCAUGGCGCCGCCGCCCACCGCCGCCACGGCCGCGGCCGCCGUCCGGUGCAACCCGCAAGUCCUCCGCAGGGGCCUGCGCCCCGCGCCAUCCCCGCUCCCAUUCGCCUCCCGGGUGGCCUCCACCGCGCCGCUCCGCGCCCCGCCGCUGCGCUUCUCGCUCUCCCCCGUCCCCAAGAGCAUCUCCUCCCCGUCGUCCUCCCGCGUCCCCGUCCGCUCCCUCUUCACCGGGAUCGUCGAGGAGGUCGGCCGCGUGCGCCGCAUCGGCCCGCCGCCCACGCCUCCAUCCGGCGGGGGAGGCGCUCCGGGCGUCGACCUCGAGGUCGAGACCAAGAACCUCCUCGCGGGGACGCAGCUGGGGGACAGCGUCGCCGUCGACGGGACGUGCCUCACCGUGGCGGCCAUCGACGCCGCGGCCUCCACGCUCACCUUCGGCGUCGCGCCCGAGACGCUCCGCUGCACGUCCCUCGGCGACCGCGCCGCGGGCGACGACGUCAACCUCGAGCGCGCGCUCACGCCGGCGUCCCGCAUGGGCGGGCAUUUCGUGCAGGGCCACGUCGACGGCACCGGCCAGAUCGCCGCGUUCCGGCCCGAGGGCGACUCCGUCUGGGUCACCGUGCGGGCGCCGCCCGAGAUCCUGCGCCUGCUCGUGCCCAAGGGCUUCGUUGCGGUGGACGGGACCAGCCUCACCGUCGUCAACGUGGACGAGGACGGCGGCUGGUUCGACUUCAUGCUUGUGCGCUACACGCAGGACAAUGUGGUGCUGCCCAAGAAGAAGGUAGGGGAUAAGGUGAACCUCGAGGCUGAUAUACUCGGCAAGUAUGUGGUCAAGCUCCUUGCCGGGAGAAUGGAGGCAACGGCCAAGGCAGAUUCUUGAGCUCUUUGUUCUGUUGGUGUUACUGCAAUGUAUUCUUGUGCAGGGCAUAACCAAAGACAUGUCAAGUUUUUAUAAUGCCUUGUCCCUAACAUUUUGUGUUGUGUCAAAGGAAUCAGCUGCAUUAUUUGUAAUAGUAACGAGACACUCCUAACUCCAUGGUGUGUCCUGACUCCAUGUUGUGUUUGUGCCUCUACAAUUACUUCUCUUUGAGAAAAAUAUUUCUGGUAUUAAUAAUUAGGGCUCCUUUGAGCCAUAGGAUAGGAAAAUCAUAGGAUUAGGAAAAGCAUAGGAUUGAGAUGUCAUGGCUAAUUGAAUCCUAUGGAAA